AUGGCAGCGGACACCAGUCAACUAGUUGCAGAUGUUAUUACAGAGAUCCUCGAAAAUCUGAGUGUCCGUGAUUUACUUUCAGCCCUUCUAGUUAACCGAGAAUGGUGCCAAGUCGCCGUUCCAAUGUAUUGGAAAGCUCCAUUCAGUUAUAAAUAUAAAAGGAGUAUGACCGCACUAAAGAUUUACGAAUUGUUUCUUGAACGAGGAAGCAGUACACUUAUAGGAACGACAGAAAAUUCUGCGCGGGGAACAACAAUUCAAGAGACUCCAAUGCUUUACGAUUAUCCGUUGUUUCUCAAAGAACUCAAUUAUACAAACCUACUAGCGUUAAAAGGAAUAGAUGGAAAGGUUAAUGCAAUACUUCAAAUGCUAAUAAAUCGUGGAAUUCGUCUGAACACUUUUAUUAUGGAUAAUACCGGUUCAAAAAGCGAAAGACAUUACGAAAUAUGGACAACACCACGCUAUGCCUCAAUAUUCAGUUCCCUCAUUCGCGUUGAAAUACGCACGCCUUUUCCAAAAAAUCAUGUCAUAAAGACAUUAGCAAAAAAUUGUACUAUGCUGUCCUAUCUCGAUAUCAAUCUUCACGACAACUCUAUUGACCGUGUUAAGAAAACGCUCAAUUAUCUUGAGGAAUUCAUCUCAGUCCAGCGAUGCCCUUUGAAUCUUCGGUUGGUAUUUCCAAAUGGUCCUGGGAAAAUGUUAAUCAAAACAUUGCAGUCCCAAUUUGAAUCUCUCAAACGUCUUGAGCUUGUAAAAUGGAACUUCAGCGAGUGUGAUGAUUGGGGAUGGUUGAAAAAGUGUCCAAAUUUGACCGAAUUUGCAAUCACAAGCUCUCUUCAGACACGAGUUUCUGCCAUUUUAGACGUUAAAUACGAAACCUAUCAUUCGAAAUCGUCGAAUAAUUCUAGACUUACAACUGCACAUUGGCAUUUCGACAAAGACGGCGAAACCUCCUCAAUGCCAAACUUUUACUUUCACUCAGGUAAAUCAUCGAUGGUGCAAUAUUAUGAUAUAGAUGACUUCCAAUAUGAUUACCAUUAUCUAGAAGCAAGAACUAGAAAAUCUAGAAGAAAGAAUUAG